AUGACGUUUAGGUUGAGGACCAGGGGAAAACGAGUCAAUGACUCCGAGAACUCCCUCUUCGGUUUGGUUCGAGCAGAGAGUUUACAUCCUAAUGAAAUACUAACAUUUGGUUCGUUCGUGUUUGUUGGUGACUCUCUACGCUCGUCGGACGGUUCGGGGUUGGAGUCCUAUUAUCUCACGAUGCUUGUUACCGAGAAGAAUGGGGGAGGCGUGAAACUCGGUCUGUUGGAACUGCCGCGCGAAGCUGUGGGGGGAUCUGCUAGGGUUCUGGAAACUAGCUUGGUUCGUGGGUCCAAUGCUGCUUCGGGCCAUUUAUUCCUUCUUGGGCCACUGAAACAGGACAAAUUGAAGAUGCCAAGGAAUGAACCUGAUGAAGUCAAAGCACCCAAAGUCGAAGUUCCAUUUUACUGGCUCGAAACCUCUGAUUCCGUUACUCGUCGUUACGAAUUUGAACCCCACGGCUACCUCUCCGUGAAGGUGGUUAAUGAUUCAAGACCAGCAUGCCAUAGGGUGGUUGAAUCUUUCCUGAACAAGUUUUUUCCCUCGGGAUAUCCUUAUAGUGUGAAUGAAGGUUACCUUAUAUACACACAGUUUCGGGCAUUGCAACAUUUGACCGGUGCAGCAUUAUCCGUUUUAUCAACUCAGUCGCUUUUAUUUGCCACAGGCUUGCGACCUACCCCUGCACAGGCAACUGCGGUUAGCUGGAUAUUGAAAGAUGCAAUGCAACAUGUGGGAAAGCUCAUAUGUAGUAAUAUGGGUGCAAAAAUGGAUUCAGAACCGAAACGUUGGAGAAUUUUGGCUGAUGUGCUCUUUGAUUUGGGUACCGGUUUGGAAGUUCUUUCGCCGUUAUGUCCACACCUUUUUCUUGAAGUAGCAGGGCUCGGUAAUUUUGCAAAGGGAAUGGCAGUUGUUGCUGCAAGAGCAACUCGAUUACCAAUAUAUUCUUCAUUUGCCAAAGAAGGGAAUCUUAGUGACCUAUUUGCAAAAGGAGAGGCCAUAUCAACACUUUUCAAUGUUGUUGGAAUGGGAGUUGGGAUUCAGUUGGCAUCUACCGUUUGUUCAUCAAUGCAAGGGAAGAUGAUUGCGGGGCCUCUUCUUUCCGUUGUACAUGUGUGGAGUGUCGUUGAAGAAAUGCGAGCUGUUCCAAUCAAUACAUUGAAUCCUCAGAGGACUGCCAUGAUUGUGGCUGAUUUUCUAAAGACUGGAAAGGUAUCUAGUCCUGCUGAUCUCAGAUACCGGGAAGAUCUCCUAUUUCCCGGACGCCUAAUCAAAGAUGCUGGGAAUGUGAAAGUGGGAAGAGCUUUGCACCAAGUUUUCAAGCCUUCGAAGAUUCAGGAAUGGAAAGAAAUAUUCCCUGAAGAGAAAUUUGUUUUGAGUUGGGGAAAUAAGUGGACUGACAUGUUGUUAGAACAUAAUGCUACCGGAGAAGAUGCACUAAGAGGUUGGCUCGUUGCUGUGUAUGCUGCAAGCAUGGAGACAUCCUUCCAUGAGCCAAGUGCCGGCGCUUUGCAAGAUGCUUAUGACAAUAUGAACAGAGUCUUCCCUCGAUUCCUAUGCGAGCUACAGGCUAAAGGUUGGCACACCGAUCGUUUUCUUGAUGGAAUGGGAAGCCGUUUUGCGUUUUGAUAUUUCAUUGUUCUCACAU